CAAUAUAUUAUGAGGAAUUUGUAUUUUUUUGUUUAACGAGAAGUUUAGUUAUGAAGGGUUCUCUCAUCUUUUGUUCAAUUGAGUUGAUUGCUUGAAAACUUUGUAGACGGUUUAAUUGAUGUACUUUUUAUCGUGUGAAACAGAUUGAAAUAUAAAGUAUUGGCUGAGGCCUACCUGAAGUUAUCAAAGUAAAUACAAUACAAAUUAUUCGCAGCUAUGAAAAAGAAGGUUCUAUUGAUGGGGAAAAGUGGCUCGGGUAAAACAAGCAUGAGGUCUAUCAUAUUUGCAAAUUAUAUUGCACGUGAUACACGUCGUCUGGGAGCCACAAUUGAUGUAGAACAUUCCCAUGUCCGAUUUUUGGGCAAUCUCGUUCUCAACCUGUGGGAUUGUGGAGGACAAGAGGCUUUUAUGGAGAAUUACUUUGCCAGUCAACGAGAUAAUAUUUUUCGCAAUGUGGAGGUCCUGAUAUAUGUGUUUGAUGUGGAGAGCCGGGAACUGGACAAGGACAUGCACUACUACCAGAGCUGCCUCGAGGCAAUUCUGCAGAAUUCUCCAGAAGCGAAAGUCUUCUGUCUCAUACAUAAGAUGGACUUGGUCCAGGAAGACCAAAGAGAUGCGAUAUUUCGAGAACGAGAAGAAGAUUUAAGGAGGCUCUCUAAGCCUCUGGAAUGCACAUGCUUCAAAACAUCAAUUUGGGAUGAAACUCUCUAUAGAGCAUGGUCAUCCAUAGUGUACAUGCUGAUUCCUAAUGUAAAAGACCUGGAAAUGAGUUUGAGGCAGUUUGCCAACAUCAUUGAUGCAGAUGAGGUGCUGCUGUUUGAGAGAGCAACAUUCCUUGUCAUCUCGCACAGUGAGCGACGACCACAUCGUGAUAUGCACCGCUUUGAGAAGGUCUCCAACAUCAUUAAACAAUUCAAGCUUAGUUGCAGUAAAGUGGCUGCUCAGUUUCAGAGCAUGGAAGUCCGCAACACCAAUUUUGCUGCUUUCAUCGACAUUUUCACAUCCAACACAUAUGUGAUGGUAGUUAUGUCAGAUCCUAACAUUCCAUCAGCCGCAACACUGAUUAACAUUCGGAAUGCUCGAAAACAUUUUGAAAAACUUGAACGUGAGAGUCAAAACCAAAGUGCUCUCACAAGAACUUAUGAUGUAGACGCAUGGAACACUGCAAGAAUGUCAUAACCCUGACUAAAGCUUUCACAAAGUCAUGGAUCUUUCUAUAUCUUUAUACUAUUUCUUUGUAAUUUUAUUAUAAAUGUAUGAUAAGAUUGUAAAGAUUUUUUUAUAUGUAUUGUAGAUGAUUUUAUUUUUAACACUUCCAGUAUGAGUAGUAAACGAAUAAUUUUAUUCAGUUGCUGCCUGUCUGUUGGUGUUAUACUAUCCAGUUAUAUACAAGUUUAAUUUUUUAGAAGCAGUUAAAAUGAUCCAUGAGGCAUAAAUAAUAUUUCCUAAAAGAUAUGCAAUUUAUUUAAGUAAUUUAAAAACUAACACCUGUAAUCCAUAAAGGUAUAAUUUAAAAUCUCUGCAUUCCUGUCAAUAUAUUAUAUUCAUAACAUUUUACUAUAAUUAAAAUAAAUUAUUACAUAAAAAAGUAGUGGCAGCGUCUCUAUUGGUGACUUGUGAUAACUCGUGGAAGAACUUGGCCGUUGGCUUCAAAGGCUUCAUAACCUUUAUCUAUUUUGAUGCUCAAGGAUUUGGAGUAUUAAAAAUAUAUUAGCCCUUUGAAUCCUGCAGAGCUUCCUCUGGUGUCACGGGAAUGCCUGCUUAAAAAAUCUUUUUCAUACUUUUUUUAGAUGAAAUGAAAAAUAAAGAUUUUUUGUUAAAAUAAUUUUACUUAUUCCGUUUAAAACCAGCCGACAAUUAUUUCAUUUAAUUUUUUUCGUACUAGGUAAUUCUUUAAAAUAUUUAAAACCGCUAAAAAUUAUAUAUGAUCUUAUCAUGGAUACAAUCAAUCCAAAUUUAUAUAUAUUUUUUUUGUUCUAUACACCACUUGUCAAUAUUUAGAUUUAUGUACUGUUUCAAUAACAACCAAAUAAAUCUGGAGCCUUAAUACAUAUAUUAAUAGAAUACAAGGUGUAGAAGGAGAUAUUUGGUUUUGUGAUAUUUUGUAUAAAUGGUAAAAUAAAAUUAUAAGUUGUUCUAGUCUUUAACUUUACAAUAUUUGUUAUUAUUUUUUCUUACUAGAUUUUCCCCCUAGAAUUAGUUGUGAUGGUUCCAAUUUCAAAUCAGGUCUCCUAAUUAUAAGAAAGUUGUUUGUUUUAUCAAAACGAACAUAAUAACGCUUAUAAAGGAGAAACCUUAUUUUUAGAAAGGAAAUGAUAUAUAGAUUUAUUUAGAUAGCAUUUGUCACAACAAUGUGGUAAAUAUUUUAUCUUAAUCGUUCACUAUUGUUUAUUCUGUCUUAUUCACGCACAUAUCAUUUCCAUAACAAAAAAUAUAUAAAUAAUAAUACCGACUUUUUUAUUGUUUUAAGUUAUUAACUAUUAUUGUUUUGCUGUAAAAAGUGUUUAAACGUAAUGAUUUAAUAGAGUUUCUCUUGAAUAAAAAAAUGUAUAUUACUGAAACUGUACUGAAUAUAAUUUAGCAAUUGUGAUUACCACUCUACUAAGUUAUGUCUAUAACUGGGUGUCUUAUGAAGUUAGUAAAUAUUACGGCCACUGUUAUAUUUUGUAUAUUAAAGUUCAAUUAUAUUGAAUUGUUUAUACUGUUUGUAUUAUUGAGAAUAGAAAAAUAUAUUUUGUGUAAAAACGUU